AUGGCUGGUCGUAAAGUUCAGCUGGAUUUUUCAGACUCUAGAUGUUCUUCAUGUGCAAGCCAUUCAUAUUAUAUCAUCCUGGGUCUGAUUCUUGUUUACUACACUACACUCUCCAUGCAUUCUCAAGUAACUUCAGAGAGCUGCAAGCCAAAUGAGAUUUCUUCCAAAUACCAGCAUUGUGGACUUCACCCAGAUGGAGUCCGUGAUUUGGACUGUUUUACCAAAAAUACAUGGUCCAAAUUAAGAUGUAUGUGGAAACCUGGAAAACACGCAUCCAAAAAUACACAUACACUUGUAAUACAACAAAAAAGAGCAAAUCAAAAAACAAAAAACAAUUAUUGCAGAGUUUAUAAAAACAUCACUAAAUUUCCUGAAGACAUCAAGUUCUAUAAAACCUACAGUGUGACCAUUCAGAUUUUUGAAAACAGUGAGUCAAAAAAUUGCACCCAGGCAGCUUUUCAAGGUUCACCGGGGAGUCUGCAGCGAUGUGACCCUCCAAAUCAUGUGAAAUUCACACGGCACUCUGGGAAACUGGACAUAAAUGUGAGCUGGGAUCAGAACGAUGUGACGCAUAUCAUGUCUUACUCUGUCAGAUACAAAGCACUGGGAAGCCUUCAAUGGAAUGAGUCACCUGGAAUGUCCCAGAAUAAAACCACAUGCAGAGUGGAGAAUCUAAACUCCUCAGUGGGCUACAUUUUACAGAUACACUGCAUCACCAAUACUAAAUGUACACAGUGCCCAUGGAGUGAACCAUACACUGUGCUAUCAGAGCUGACAUCACAGCCGGUCAUCGUCAACUUUGAAGAAACUGACGUCGCCAAUACAAAGGGUUCUCGCCUUGUUUCAAUAACCUGGAAGGUUUCUGCCAGAGACCUGCAUGAUGGCUACAUUGUGACCAUCGGGAAAGAGUCAGGAGAGGCCCCAAUUGAGCAGAUCAACACCACUCAGCCCAGCAUCACACUGAUUCUCUCCUACUCAGCUUAUCGUGUGAGCAUCAGGUCUUUCAACAACGUCAGCAUCUCUCCAGCUGUGAGCCAAAUAAUACCCCUGCGCGAAGACAUGGACAGUAUGGGAGAUGAUAAGCUGAACGUGACAGUCCACAAUAACAUAUCCUUCAAAAUCUACUGGAAAGAUUCCCUUCUCAAAAAAUAUGUGUGCUAUUGUGCGGAGUGGAGGGAAGAGAAGACUACAACAGCGUACAAGUCCUUUUACCUUAAAGGCAAAAACUACUAUACUUUCUCUCUUUUAAAAGAACCCUUGAAGCCUUACAAGAGAUACACCCUCAGUCUGCACGUGCGACCGAAUAAGGACACCUGCAACAUGAAGCAUCUUAACAACAGCGAAAGAACGUUUGCAAGCACAAAGUUUUAUUUCAUGGAAGGCACUCCUGUGAGUGGUCCCGCGAAUAUCAGCAGUUACAAUUUGACACAGAAUUCAAUGGUGCUGCAGUGGUCAUCCAUCCCAGAAGAAGACACCAGAGGUUUCCUACUGGGUUACACAAUCCACUACACUGAGAACCACCUGAGGGGAACAGAAUCUGAGAACAACAUUACAGUGGAUCCAAAUUUUAACAAGUAUGAACUGAAGGAUCUUACAAGUGGCACAACAUACCAAGUCCAGAUAUCAGGUUUCACCUCUAAAGGAACAGGAAAACGAAGUGAACCCAACUUUUUUACAACGACUCAAGAAGGAAGUUUUAGAUUCACUAGUUUUAUUACAGUCGCUGCAGUUUUGGCCACUGUGCUGAUAUUUGGACCACCAAUAAUAAAAAGAGCAAAAGUUGUCCUCUGGCCAAGCAUACCUAAUCCUGGAAAGAGCAAUACAAUGCAGAAAAUAGACAGGCCCUGUGAACUGGAACUCCUUGAGGCAAUCAAUACUCUGAAGGCUGAAGAAUGGGAAACAAAAAGUCUCCAUAUAAUUGAGAAAGAAGCUGUCGCCCCUGCCACGAUAUUGCCAGCAAUGCUACCGCUUCUUUGUGGCUUAGACAAACAGGGAGAUUCACCAGGAAUUACUUGUAACUGGAUCCAAACAGAGACAGAUGAUGCAACUGGCAAUAUAUCUCCCAACAAUACUACAGACACAUUGUUGGAAACCCAGCAGACAGACCUACAAAGUUUUCCUUUUCCCUUUCCAAGUGGCUAUACCACGAUGGAAAUGUUUCAGCAGGUAAUGCCACAGAGCAUCACUGCCGUUACUCAAGACAUGGAAAGUGACCCAGAGGACACAGACCUGACUGUAUUCAACCCUAAGCCAGGACUGGACUAUGUAAGACAAUUUAGCACCAGUCCAGUCUCGGACAGUGACCACUUGUCCAUGAUUUUGUGAUGAAGGUCAAAAUGCGGAACAUAAAGAGGAAAAAUCACUACGUGAACAACUUAGUCUAAAAGGCCAAAGUAAGAACUGCUGCCCCUGACUGUUUCUGCUGUGGCUUAUGAAGAACAACAAUUCAGUUUACCAACAACAUGGAUUCAUUAGGCUAAUAAAAUCAGCAGAAUUACCAAGACAUCACAUUUAUGUAAAAAACUUAACCAAAUUAAUGGCAUGCCAAUUGUUAGAAUUGGAGUAAAAAGACAAAACAUCCUCCCAAAAAGUGCACUUAACCAUUAUCACGGUCAUUGAAUAUGUCUCUGAAUACUCUGAAACUGCUUUGUGCAUAGUUGGUCUGUGAACAUACAAUAUUAUCCUGUCAUUUCAUAAUAAAAUUCAUGAGA